ACUAGCCAGCAGGCAGCGUAUCCGAAAUAGGUAUAAAUAGUUCCAGUUUUGACCAUCGACCACAUUUCAAAACCGAAAUCGACACAAUGAACACUUUAACUUCCCUCUUCGUUUUGGUGUGCGCCAGUGUGGCACUUGGUGGAGCAAUCCCGGCCUCAGUCCUGGCGGAAUUGCAGCAGGCAGGAGAGCCAGGACUGUCAUCAACCCUCCAACAUCCCGCAGAACCUAUCCAAAAUCCCGCGGAGGAGUCACUUGAACCGGCGGAAACGGCGCACCACGGCUACCGUGGCGGCUAUGGCGGCGGCUACGGCGGCGGCUUCGGCGGCGGCUUCGGAGGAUUCCGAGGCGGCUAUGGCCACGGCGGCGGCUUCGGCCACGGCGGCGGCUUCGGCCACGGCGGCUACGGGGGCGGCUACGGCGGCGGCUAUGGCGGCGGCGGAUUUAUUGUGGGCGGAUUCCGUGGCUACGGAUACGGCCGCUAAAAGUGAUGUGCUAAACGUGACAUUUAGUAUUAUUAUCUGUGAUUAGUACGGACUUUAGUAUUAAGUUAAUGAAAUAAGAAAUAUAAACUGUUUUAACAAAAAAGUAUUUUAUUCGCUUAUGAAAAUUUUGUUAUGAUGAAUAGGUAAGUAUUAAUAGAACGUUAAAAAAUAUAAACAAGGGGAUCUAUUUAUUAUCCCAGUUAUUCUGUGUCACAGGUGCUUGUUCGAUUUAACAGAAAUUGGUGGCACUCUAUUGUUUAAUAAAAAAAUACACAAUCAACUCUUAACGCUAAAUAUUCAAUAACUACACAAUCAAUUACCUCAUGGCUUAUCAACAAAAUUUAACAAAAACAAUAAGUUUAAACAAAACACACAUACCUACUUACUAAAUUGCUACAAAAUUGUCAUCGAGAUCAAGUAGGUACUUAUUAUUAUUCUGUGUCGAGAUGUCCAUAUUGUCCAUGUCUCUUAAUUUGAGUAGGUACCUAAACCUAUAGUAAAACAAUUCAAACUCAUUAAUCAAACAAACAUACAUCUCGUAUUUAGGUCCUACGGAUU